AUGGAUGCCGCAGCAGCGAGCCGAGGGAAGCCGGCGAAACCCUCGACGAGCAGCGCUGCGGAGAAUGAGAAGAAGCAGAGACAGCGCGUGAAGAAGGAAGUGUGUCAGGAGGUGGUCCGGAAACUUCAGGAAGCCAAUCAUCCAUCUAUCCAGCAGCCUAAUUUCGAGGAAGCCCUUCAGGCCCACUUUCUCCGCUUGCCGACGAGAUACGCCCUGGAUGUGAACACGGAGCGAGCAGAGGAUGUGCUCACUCACAAGCGGCUACUGGAAGAAGCUGCAAAGAUGCCGAGCCAACCAGUGGUGCAUGUCCGAGCCGUGCGGGUCACGUCGGCCCUGCCAGCGGGAGCUGAUGGCGCUGCAGGGGGAGGCACGAUGGAGACUGACGAGGCGGCAGCAGAACUCAAACGCCAGGGCAUGCUAGCUCCGCCAGCGUUCGGGUCCUCCCCGAAUCUGGACUCCCCAGUGCUGGCGGGAGGCGCCAUGUGCGCGGGCGGGGCAGGGGGAGGGGGGAUACCGGAGGGUGCAGCUGCGAACGCGGAUGGACAUUCAGACGGAAAGGGGUCCUUCAGUUCUCUCCUGCAGGUGCCCAUGCACGAAGUCACCUUCUCCACUGUGGACCGCCCCAAGCUGCUCAGUCAACUCUCAGCAGUGCUGGCGGACGUGGGGUUGAACAUCCGUGAGGCGCAUGUCUUCUCCACCUCUGAUGGGCUCUCCCUCGACGUCUUUGUGGUUGACGGCUGGCCCUCUGAGCACCAUCCUCCACACCCUCUCCAACCUUUUCCUUCCGCCUUCUUCCACUCUUCAUCACGACCCUUUCCUCCAUGCUUUCUCCCCAACCUUGAUGCCCUCCAACCCUUUAUGGUACCCACAUUCCUCUAUGUCUUCACCCUGCUUCAUUUCUCCCCUCCCUCUUCCCAUGCGUACUGGGCGGCAGGAUGUGGUGGAGAUGCGGGCGGCACUCAUGCGAGCAGCACAGUAGCUUGCACCAUCACUAUCACCUGUCUCAUAUUCCCCCCCUGCCUCGCCCUUCCUUCCCUUACAUUCGUUUUUUGCCGCCCCUCCUCUCCCUUCCAUCAGCAAGCGGGGGAAAAUGGUGCGCAGUCAACCCUUCCAGAAGCAUCCGGCCAAUCGAACCCCGCCAUGUCAGAAUCCACAGGAGUGCCCAUGUCCACGUCAGUAGCCACAGCAGCAGCAGCAGGACACGUGGCAGCCUCCAGUUUGUCCGGGGCGGACUCGCGUGUGCACAUCCCAUCGGACGGGCGGGAUGACUGGGAGAUUGACAACGACCAGCUGAAGCUGCAGCAUAAGAUCGCCUCGGGGUCGUUUGGAGACCUCUACCGAGGCACAUACUGUGGGCAGGACGUGGCAAUCAAGAUUCUCAAGGCCGAGCGGCUUAACGACUCGUUGCAGCAGGAGUUCGCCCAGGAGGUGUUCAUCAUGCGGAAGGUGCGGCACAAGAACGUGGUUCAAUUUAUUGGGGCCUGCACAAAGCCCCCAAACCUCUCCAUUGUCACCGAGUUCAUGGUGGGGGGCAGUGUGUACGACUAUCUACACAAGCACCGCGGCAGCAUGAAGCUGCCCAUGGUGCUGCGUGUGGGCAUGGACGUGGCCAAGGGAAUGGACUUUCUGCACAAGAACAACAUCAUUCACCGCGAUCUGAAGGCUGCUAACUUGUUGAUGGAUGAGAACGAUGUGGUGAAGGUGGCGGAUUUUGGAGUGGCACGAGUGAAGGCCAACAGUGGCGUCAUGACAGCAGAGACUGGCACCUACCGCUGGAUGGCACCUGAGGUGAUUGAGCACCGGGCAUACGACCACAAGGCAGACAUAUUCAGCUUCGGCAUCACCAUGUGGGAGAUGCUCACCGGCAAGCUGCCUUAUCCAGACCUCACACCCUUGCAGGCAGCAGUCAGCGUCGUUCAACGAGGCCUGCGCCCGCCCAUCCCCAAGGGCACACACCCGCGGCUGGCAGAUCUCUUUGAGCGUUGCUGGGCCACCAACCCUGUCGACCGACCUGAGUUCUCAGAGAUCAUCAAAGUCAUUUCCGAGAUUGCACAGGAGUUGGAGGAGGAUGGAGAGGCCGACCAACAGAGACGGGAGAAGCGCGGAGGGUUCUUUGCUUCGUUCAAGAGAGCAGGGUCAGGGCCUAGCACCUACACCUUCCUGUUAGCCGACGAAACUGCACCAAAACGACCCGGCGUGCUGAUUGAUCCCGUUGACUUGACCGUUGAUCGCGACGUGCGGCUAGCAGAGGAGCUCGGAGUAACUCUUCGUUUCGCCCUCAAUACGCACGCACACGCAGACCACAUCACUGGAACUGGCCUGCUCAAGAAACGGGUACCUGGCAUCAAAUCCGUCAUAUCCUCUGCUAGUGGCGCUCGAGCUGACGUGUUGGUGGGCCACGGUGACGUCAUUCCCUUUGGCAGAUUUGGCCUCCAGGUCCGGUCUACUCCAGGCCACACGAAUGGGUGUGUAACGUAUGUGCUGGUGGAGCGCUCGGGGACUGCUGCGCCGCUUGCAACAGCGCUAGAGAGUUUCUCUGAAGGGACCGUGUGGAGGGCAAGCGAUGUGAUCUUGGAUGGGCUGGGAAGCGCUGGGUUUUCCUUUGACAUGCUUACAACGAGGAUGGCGUUCACUGGAGAUACAUUGCUCAUAAGAGGAUGUGGACGGACGGACUUCCAGGAAGGAGAUGCUGCUCAGCUGUACCGUUCAGUGCACAGUCAGAUAUUGUCACUUCCACCGGACACACUCCUGUACCCUGCACACGACUACCAAGGCCGAACUGUAACAUCAGUGGAAGAGGAGCAAAAGCACAACCCGAGGCUGACAAAAGACGAGGAAGCAUUCAAGGCUAUCAUGGACGGCCUAGGGUUGGCAGCACCAAAGAAACUCAAGGAGGCACUUCCAGCUAACAUGGCUGAUGGGGCUAUCGAAGAGCAGAGGACCACCAUUUUUGCUGCAUGA